GCCUUCAAGAACUAGAUGUUGAUAUAUUCAGAAUUCAUAAAAGUGUUGUCAUAUUGUGAUCAGCUUCUCCCAGAAAACGGUCGCAUAAGUUUGUUCAAGAUUAAUCAAGUCUUGCUUAGAAGCAAAGAAAUAAUUCUAUAAGCGCGCAAUGACAUCGGCGUUCAGCUUCGGUUUCUCUGGGGAUGACAUCGACAUUGACGAGAACGAUCUCAAUGGUGCUGAUGAGAGAGAUAUGAAUACUGUGGAGCAUGCCAGCAACCAGCUCACUGGAAGAUUAAUGGAGCCUCAGAAACAUGAUAUGGCAGAAUGGAUCUCUACAUUGCCAUCACAAAUAUCAUACAACAAGCUCGUAAUAAAUGCAUCUCAUGGAGAUGAGAAGACGUUCACCCUUGCACGUCGAGAAGUCUUCGACAUUCGGACUCAGCUCAUGGCCGAAGACAGCGCAGACCAUGAGAAUGAGGAACUUAUCUCUGGGCUCGAGAAGGGAGAUAUCAAGCCCAAUUUCUACGAAGGUGGCUUCAAGACAUGGGAGUGUGCGGUGGACCUUGCCAAAUUGGUUGCUAGUGAAGAUCUAUCUCAUCAGGAUGCGGAUCAGUACAUUAUUGAGCUCGGUGCUGGGACUGCGGUACCGUCACUGACUCUCUUCGCGCAAGCACUGCGUCGACCAGACGCAGCGACGAACAAGAUCCAUUUCACAUUCGCAGAUUACAAUUCUGCCGUCCUCCGCCUAGUCACGCUUCCGAAUCUGCUUUUGACUUGGAACUACAUAGUCACGCCUAGGGAGCCGCCUUCGACGGAGGCAACUUCGUCCGGGGACCAGCCGGAUGAAGAAGAACUAGAUAUCACGCCUGAGCUCCUGGAGAGCUUUCAGAAAGAUCUCGCAAGCAAGAAGAUCACCUUCGAUUUCAUUUCCGGUGCCUGGUCUCCCGCCUUUGUUGACUUGGUAUUCUCCAGUUACGGGCAGGACAAAGGCAAGACAUUGAUUCUUGCGAGCGAGACGAUAUACUCUCCGGCAUCUCUUGCGCCCUUCUCCGAGACCUUGAUUGCCUUGCUUCGCCGGUCUGAAACCGAACAAGAGCGGAGCAAAGCCCUCAUAGCGGCGAAGAAGGUCUAUUUCGGCGUGGGAGGUGGAGUAGACGAGUUUCUGAUGGUGUUGAAAAAUGUCAAUGGUAAUGACCUGGAUGUGGAGGAACAGGUGAAUAUCAACUCGGAAGGUGUCGGUCGAGUGAUAUUGAAGGUUGCGCUCAGGAGUACAUAAUCACUGCAUUGGGAUGAGGCAUAUAUAUAAGCAUGAACAUAAGAGCUACCAGGCAAUAUCGACCGGCUUUUCCAUCGUAAACGGCGAUAAAACGAGACUGGUUAAUGAAACGGUAAAAUGGACCGUUGACGGGGCUACCAUAAAUGAAUCUGUAAUAUGUACAACACGCCCCCUUAGUGUAUGCCUGCCACUGACAUUGCUCUGAAAAGAUCUUGAAGUAAGACUCAAUUUUGUCUAGUCAUAUAGAGAUACAACCUUGCCGUCCUUCAUACGAGCGACGCGGG